CGUCACUUCCGCUUACAUUCGCAUGAAAAACAUAGCAAACGCUGUAUUUAUUUCGUAUUAAGCGCUAUUUCCAUCCUACAUUCUGCGUCUCCAUCAAUACUGAAGUGCAGAGACGCCCUUUCUAAAGCACGGCUGUAUAAAUAGCCUCAGUGAUGAAGGGCCCAAGUACAGAGACUGAGGUGAUUGAGGAAGCACCUGCUGACCCAAAUAAUGAAGAACUUCCACCUUAUCUGCGUGAAGAACCACCUGAGGACUUGGAAAAGGACCACCCCAAGAAUGAAGCAGGCGUGGUGUGGCGAGUAACCGGCGGGCUCUUCAACUUGACCAGAGGAGCAGUGGGUGCCACCCUUGGUGGAGUGGCCUGGGUAGGCAGCAAAAGCUUCGAGCUCACUAAGACAGCAGUGACGAGCGUUCCUGCCGCCGGAGUGGGACUGGUCAAAGGGGGUGUCUCAGUAGUAACAGGAGGAGUCGGUGCGGUGGGAUCUGCAGUGGCCGGUAAAGUUACACCAAAGAAAAAAGACAAGUCGGAUUAGACUGGCUGACUCGCUCCCAGCCUUUGUUCCAUUCUGUGUGUCUGGGUGGUUUGUUCUCACUUUCAACAGGGUUGGAAAGCAGGCGGCAGGUUCAUUUGGCCCAUUUUGUCUAAUUAAGUUCAUAUAAAGAACUGCAAUACGAUAUGUAAACUCAAUUCAACCAAUAACUGAAAGCUACUGCAGAGGUACAUGAGAGAGAAUUGGGGUCUCACCUUUGCCCUUGUGUGCUUGUAUGUUUGUGUGUGUUUUGAGUGUUACUAGACUAUAUUUGGGAGAAAGAGGGAUAGCAAACUUAUUCUUUAGGAAGAAAGGACACUUUCACCACAUGGAAAAUGUUGAUACAGAAGCUUCGUUUAAUUUAAUGAAUAUGUGAUCAAACAUUCCACAUGUAAUUAAGGUCAUUCUGUGUGUAACAUGUUAAAAUGUAAGUACGCUUCACAGAAUUGUUCCAUGAAUAGGCGGAUUUAGUUUCAAGCCCAUUUUUGUACUAAAUAAUGGGAGAGCUCAAAAAUUAAGGAAAGUGUUUUUUUAUUAUUAUUAUUACUUUAUUAUUAUUAUAAAAACAAUUGUUUAAAUUUGGCACUAGAUUAAUUAAUUCAUUAAUUUAUUCAUUUUCUUUUCGGCUUAGUCCCUUUAUUGGUCAGGGGUCGCCACAGCGGAAUGAACCAUCAACUUAUCCACCAUAUGUUUUACGCAGCGGAUCCCCUUCCAGCCGCAACCCAACACUGGAAAACAACCCAUACACUCUUGCAUUCACACACAUACACUACAGACAAUUUAGCUUAUUCAAUUCACCUAUAGCGCUUGUCUUUGGACUGUGGGGGGAAACCGGAGCACCCUGAGGAAACCCACACAAACACGGGGAGAACAUGCAAACACCCAGCCGGAGCUCGAACCAGCGACCUUCUUGUUGUGAGGCGAUCGUUCUACCCACUACGCCACCAUGACGCUCCGCACUAGAUUAAUAAACUAGAAUAAUGUUGGUUUUAGAUCACAUACUGUCAAAUGUUCAUCAAUUUAGGGUGUGUUCACACUUUAUUUGGUUCAGACCCAAAAUGAUAGACUUAGUCUUGACUAACUUAGCAUUAACACAGUCUGAACAUAAAAACAAUCUGUUAAAAUGUUGUUUUUUUCCUUCUUUUUUCUUUUAUCUCACUGUAUGAGGGUUUAUUUGAAAGAGAAGCAAGACCUGCUUCUUUAGAGGUCUCGUUCCACUUGUUUGCCGUUUACAAGAGUUCACAUUUAAUUCAGAUUAACCACACUAAGUGUUCUUUCACAACUGCUUCAUUUAGUUGCUUAAAUCACUAGAGUUCAUACACUCAUUUGGGGCGGUUCAUUUGAGCAGGUGUGAAUGCAUCAAUCACACUCGAGUGUUAACCAAAAGUGGACCUAACGCUUGAAGACGUGGUCCCAGUACGCUUUUAAACGAACACUGGAGCAGUUCAUUCGUAGAGCAUAAUCCGAACUUGAACAGCCCCAACUACAAAAAAUGCUGCACAUUUUCAGACUAAACCAACUGCUAUAGUCAGCUGCACUGUGUAUUAUGGUAUGAGGGCAAGUGUUUGUUUAUAGUGCUGUAGCAGAAGCUCCAUGGUAGCAAACUUCUGAUGUGACUUGCGAUGCACCUGUGAAAACAUUGGCUGCGUCCAAAAUCGCCUACUGCAUUUGAGUAAGAAUUUUUUAUUUGUAUGAACGGAGCUCGUUUGUACUACAUCCACCAUUUUGUCAUCAUCAUGUGACCUACCUACAUCAGUUGCAUCACUUCACUCCCAUUCAUAAAUUCUCUCACGCUGCAUCAUGGUACAGUGUAGCGUCCAUUGGAUGCGCACUUCAGAAUCUUGCCGGAAGUAGUAGAUCAUCCGGGUACUUUUCGCAUACUGUUUUUCAAAUUCUGUGAAUUCGGACAUGCUGUUCGGCUCGCAUACUGUUUUUAGCAUACUAUAUAGUAUUGAAGUAUGCGAUUUUGGAUGCAACCAUUGUUUUCAAGUUGCAUCUACGUUUAGAUCUAAAAAAUAUUAGUGUGUAAAGUGAUGCAUGCAAUCUAUAUAAUAUAUGAAGCCCAUGGAUACAGUCGUCAUGGAGUCGUCUAUCCAUUCUUUUGUCUGCUGGCUUUCCCCCUCUCCUCUCUUUUUUUUUUUACCUUCGGAUGUUGCAGAGGAAUAUUUAUACACAUUAAUUCUGACCAGUUGAAUA